AUGUGGGAUAUGACAGCGGUCUACAGUGUUAGCGGUGUGAAAACUGAUAACUGCGCACCUAGUGGGGAUAGAUACGACAGGACAGGACAUAGGGAGGACAAGUGCACGGGAAAAUAUCGGGUCCGAUGCGCGGGAAAUGUCAGUCUUCCUGGAAAGUCCAGUACAGCCACGGUAUUCAAAUGGCAACCUCAAGAUGAGUUUGAGGGCUUUUUACUAUGCAUCCACCUCAUGAAGGCUGAGGUAGCAGGAACUUGGGAGAACUACAGCAACUCUACCAGGCUGUACGAGUCAUUCAGAAAUGAGUGGGACUUGUGUGACCAGCUGGAUCCCACCAGCACCCCCAACAGCAACUGGGAAGAAGACCAGUUCAAUUUCCCGGACCCCAUCCCUAAUCCUGUGCUGCUACCUCCCCCUGCACCUCCCUCGUUAUCCAGCUUCUUGCAAGAUAUUUGCACCUACUUCGGACGUCAUGAGGUUGCAGCCUUGUCUGAUUACACUGAAGCAUCAAGCACCAGAUCCAUUGGUGGAGCCUCCAGACCCAGUGGUGGAACCUCCAGUGGUGUGCAGAAUGACAGCACCAGCACCAAUGGUGGAGUUGUCAGAUCUAAUGGUGGAACCACCAGAUCUAAUGCUGGAUCUGCCACUUUUGAAAGUUGGGUCAAGAAGCAGAAGUUCAACCAUGUUUGCAACAUUGUCGGGGAUUCAGGCAAGGAUGUCAACUCGAUUUCAGACGUGCAAAAGCAUGUCAUUACAUGCUUCAUGGGUUAUCUUGUCACCCUCCCCACAUUGCAGUUGUCUGAGAUCCCGGCCAAUCACUGGGACCUGGCACCUGGCACUCCUUUAUCAAUGUCAAAUGAGCGACUCUAUGUAAUCCAGCCAAGUCAAUCAAGAAGUCUUGCCCUGUGGAAACUCGUGGUUCCUGACACUGCUACAGCUGUGAUGUGCCUCUGUCAUGACUGGGGGUCCGACAUCUCGACCAUUGCCCUCAAGCUCCUGCAAAAAGGCAUUGUGUUCAAGACACUGCAGCCCAUGGCAGUUUCUCCUGAGGCUAGGCGCCUGCUCAGCAAACUUUGUACAUUCUCGCUCGGAUACUUCUGGCCCCCCUUCAAGGCCGUUUAUGCUGACUAUAUCACAUAUGAGCAGUACUAUCAUGAGUUCAUGAAUGAAGAUCGGCGGCUAGCAUUACAUAGCCUUGGCUUCAAUAAUCUCCCCUUGGCCCUGACUGGUAUUUCAUGGGAUGCUGUCCCAUUUGGACAAUUGCUCACCAUCAAUGGCAAGACUCACUUUGAUGACAAGUUAUCAGAAGAGGAGGUCAAUUUCAUUUGUGGGACAUAUUAUGUAUACACAAAGAAGUUGUCUUGGUGGCCUAGGCCUCAGGCCUGGGCUGGGUCAGGGUUGGAUGUGGGAUUCUGGUCUGCUCGAUGCAAAAGCUGGUUCCAGACAUGCCUUGAGAACAUCCGACAAGGUGUUUCUCAUUGCCACAAUUCAUCCGAUAACAAUGGUCUGGUGAACAACACACAUUGGAAACAUGGACUGAAAUUCAAUGGAGCAACAAAGAAGUUCAAGAAGAAUGUUGACACGGCAUGGUCUGACUUUCUCACUACCAAAGCAAGUGCAUUCAUGGACAAUUAG